CAAAGCAUUAUUGAGUUCAGAGACAGGGCAGACCUACAAGAGAUAUGGAGUGUCUCACUGCAGAUCCCAUACUUUAGCUUCAGAUACUUGAAAACCUUCAUUGUGGAUAGGUGCCAAUUUUUAUCAUGUGUACUCCCCUUCACUUUGCUUCCUCUAUUACCUAAAUUGGAAACCUUGAAAGUUGGAAAGUGUGAUUCUGUCAAAACCAUAUUUGAUGUCCAAUGUGCUCAAGGCACACCCACUUUUCCUCUGAAGACAUUAGUUUUAUGGAAGCUGCCAAAUCUGGAAACUGUUUGGGAUGAAGAUCCAGAUGAAAUUGUUACACAGUCUAAUCCAGCUGAUCCAAAACAAACAAAUACUAAGCUUACGUUACCCGGUUUGAUGACAUUGACACUAUGGGAUUUGCCCAAGUUCAAGCAUAACAGUAUAUCUUGCAUUCGUCAUCCAACACCAACAUUUGAGCUAAUUACACCCAACUUACAGCGUCUGAUAGUGGAUGAAAAUGAAUUGAAGAUGAUUGAGGAUGGAGAAUUUCAGAGAAACCUUUUAAGCAAGUUAAAAGUUCUCGGUCUGUGCUUUGAUAUUGAGUGUGGUGAAUUUCCGGAGUACGGAUUUCUACAACAAUUGCCAAAUGUAAAGAAGCUUAUGGUGUGUAGUAGUUCCUUCAAGGCGAUUUUCUGCCAUCAAAGACCUAAUAAUAGUGAACUUCUAUUACAACUCAAAGAAUUACGCUUGGAGUUCCUUGCAGAACUAGUUUUCAUUGGGUUAGAGAACUCUUGGACUGAACCCUUUAUCAGAAAUCUAGAAACCUUUGAAGUUAUCUGUUGUUGCAGUUUGAAACACUUGGUAACAUGCACAGUGUCUUUCUCCAAUCUGAUAUAUUUACAAAUAGAAAACUGUGAUAGCUUGUCAUAUUUGUUCACAUCUUCUACAGCCAAAAGUUUGGCUCAACUCCAAAGAAUGGAAAUAAAAUGGUGUAAAUCAAUUGAAGAGAUAGUGUCUAAGGAGGAGGAGGAAUCAGAUGACGAUGAGAUUAUAUUUCCACAGCUCAGAUGUUUGAAUCUUGAUAAUUUAUUGAAUCUCCGAAGCCUUUACAGAGGGAGUUUAAGUUUCCCAUCCUUAAAAGAGUUAUCAAUAACACAUUGCAUUGAGAUGGUAACAUUAUGUCCAAGUACACUAAAAGCAGACGAGUUGACUCAAGUGACAAUUGAUUACGAAAAUAUUCCAUUGGAAACUGAUCUCGACUCUACUAUGCGAAAGAAAUUUGAGAGAGAGAUUUCACAACUUAAAGAACUUGAUCUGAAAAGGAGGCCAAAACUACAAGAGAUAUGGCAUGACUCACUGCAUAUCUCCUACUUGUGUUUCAGUGAGUUGGCCAAUUUAUUUGUGGAGGACUGCCAGUUUUUAUCAGAUGCAGUGCUGCCCUUCCAUUUACUUCCUUUAUUACCUAAAUUGGAGACAUUGGAAGUCAAAUACUGUGAUUAUGUCAAAACCAUAUUUGAUGUCAAAUGUACAAAACACACAUUCAUUACUUUUCCACUGAAAAAAUUGGUUUUAUCAAACCUUCGAAAUCUGGAGAAUGUUUGGAAUGAAGAUCCUUGUGGAAUACUGAGCUUGCACCAUCUGCAAGAAGUGUUUGUUGAUACUUGCAAAUCCCUUAAAAGCGUGUUUCCAGCGUCAGUAGCCCGAGAUCUUGGGAAACUUGAAAAUCUAAUAGUGGAAGACUGCGAGGGAUUGAUGGCAAUUGUUGAAGAGGAAUCCAAGGAGGAUGAGAUAAUAUUUCCGCAACUCCUGUAUUUGAAGGUACAAAGUUGCAAUAGCCUGCCAUAUUUGUUCACAUCUUCAACAGCAAAAAGUUUGGGUGAACUCAUAAUUAUGAAGAUAAAAGAAUGUAAAUCAAUUGAAGAGAUAGUAUCAAAGGAGGGGGAGGAAUCUGAUGAGGACGUCGAAAUAAUAUUUGAGCAGCUCCAAGAUUUAUAUCUUGAAAAAUUAGAUGAGCUAAGGUGCUUUUACGAUGGCAGUUUUACUUUAAGUUUUCCAUCCUUGGAGGAAGUCCACAUCAUCAAGUGCAGCUCCAUGAAAACCUUCAGUGCAUCCAACAAAAUAGAUAAUCCGUGGUAUUAUUCAGAAUAUGCGAGACCGCGAAAGGAAACUCAUCUUAAUUCCGCUCUGCACAGAACUUCUGAAGAAGAGGCUCCAGACGCUUCUGGUGCCAUCAUUUCAGUUCUUCAAUAGUUCAGAUACUGAUGGAUAUAGCGAACAAGGUACAUCGAAUAAUGCUACUUAAGUUGCUACUUUUUUAUGGUCAGUUACACUAUCAUUUGCUCUAUGCGCAUGUAGGUGAUAAUUAUAUGGAAGCAGUUUUUCACAGCAUAACAUGCUUAUUA